AUGGAUCCCACGCCCCACGACAUACAGGACGAUUACUACUCGGGGCACCUGCCAGCCAAUGCUCGGAGGCUGGAGGAUGUCCUUGCAUGGGCUCCGGAGUCGCGUGGUAUAUUCAGCAUACGCAGAGCCUACAAGACCGCUCUGGAGGAGCGGACCAACACGUCCAUGUGCGCCAUGAGCAAGGCGCCGGAUGGCGUCAGGAAGGCAGUAGGACCCCAAGCAGGAGAUGAAGUGGAGAGUGUUUCGCUCCCGCCGCCGCAAGCCUGCUGGUCUGACGGAGUUCGUCGUCGGCGCCGUGAUGCGCCUCCCGGUGCCUAUUCCUACGGUGCCUGCUCCAGCGGUGAAGGAGGAGGCGUUGGGGGAUCUGGUGGCCAGCACAGCAGAGAUGGGAGUGAAGCCUGGUGCAAGGAAGAACAAGGCGAAGAUGCCGCUGGUGAUAAGGAGAUCCCCAUGCUUCUCCCGUCGUUCGCCGCGUCUGCUCAGCCUCGCUCGCCUCCAGCAGGGAUGGGAGUCUCGCCGGCGGGCAGCCGCUUCUGGCUGCUCGCUGGUGAGGACUCUAACGGGGAUGCUGGGACCUCGUCAGAUCUAGAAGAAAAGGUGCCCAGGGGAAAGAAUGUUGAUGCUGGGAACAAAACUCAUUGUGCAAGUAGCAAGUGAUGUCUACAAGGCUGCACAAGGUUGGCGUUUUGGAGUUCUCCGAAUCCAGCAGUGACAGGGAUGAAGACUUCUCCUUUUGGUGCUUCGGCGAAGUGAAGUGGGAAUCUGCGCAUGAGGCUCAUCUUUUGUGCCUACCUAUGUGUUGCAUUAUUUUCUGUAGUUUCUUGCUUGGCCUGGUUAUAAUUUGGGACUUCUCUGAGAUGUAAUAGAGCUAGC